AUGGAAUGUCCCAACGAGAAUAUAAAAUUUUUCUUGUACACGAGAGAAACACAAGAUUCGCCUCACUUACUUGAUGUAAAUGAUCCAUCCUCAUUUAAGUCUGCUGGAUUUGUGAAAGGAAAACCUCUUAAGAUUCUCAUACAUGGAUACACUGGUCAUCGUGACUUUUCUCCAAAUACAGAAAUACGUCCGGCAUACCUGCAGAAUGGGGAAUACAACGUAAUCUCAGUUGAUUACGGCCCUCUCGCACAAGAGCCGUGCUACAUACAAGCUGCUUACAAUACGCCGUUGGUUGGGAAGUGUACAGCGCAGUUGCUUGAUAAACUCAUCGAUGACGGUAAAGUACCACUGUCAGAUGUACACGUCAUUGGCUUCAGUUUAGGAGCACAAGUGGCCGGGCAAGUUGGACAAUACUUGAAAUCAGGAAAACUCCCUCGUCUUACAGGUCUUGACCCAGCAAUGCCAUUAUUUGCAACUCCUUGGAAAUCCAAUAAGCUGGAUUCCACAGACGCUGUCUUUGUUGACGUUAUACACACGAAUGCAGGCUCUAAAGGAAAGAUUGAUGCAAGUGGCGAUGUGGACUUUUAUACGAACGGUGGAUUCCAGCAACCAGGAUGUGACGCACCAGGAAUUCCUAGUUCAGAUAGCUGCGCUCAUGCUAGAGCACCAGAAUAUUUUGCAGAAUCAAUAUCAUCUGAUGAGGGGUUUUGGGGAACCCCUUGUGACAGCUGGACACAAUACCUUUUAAAUCUUUGUAAUGAUUCAGGGCCAAAAAUAGAAAUGGGAGAACAUGUGCCUCUGAAGUAA